UCCGGCUGAAGUGACGUUGGAUCCGCUUCUCAGUACAUGAUAUAUAAUGUUUGCGCCUUGCUGUUGUUUAAACCACUGUACUGCACAUUUUCUAUUGUUCCGCGAUUUUUAGCGAGGUUUGAACGGUCGACAAUCAUCUUCAGACUAGCCAUGACGCCAUCGUCGCGCACUCAGGCUCCAAGUGGCCCAUGGUACCCUUUGGUGACCGUGGUAAACAUCGAAAGUCAGAUCUUGCAUAGUAUUCUCUCCAACUCGUCCACGGCACUUGUCGCCAAGGAAGAUCUCUCGAGGCUGCUCACGAAUAGCGAUGACGCUCAAUUGUCUUCAUUCAGGUCACCGUUCGUCAGCGAUGAAGAUCAAGUCGAUGAAGAUGCUUUUCGCUCUUGCUUAGAUGCCCUUGUGUCGACACCUAGUAACCGUCACAAGGCUUUCGUUGUCCUAGAUCAGUUCACAGCAGGUGAGAAGAGGACUUGCCAGAUCGCGAUCGACGGACGAGAACUGGAAGAUAUCCGCGAGUCACAAUUUGCUUUCCGUUGCGAUGUCUCCUCGAUACCAGCCGCACUUGCAAGUAUUGAAGACAGUCCGGAAGUAGGGCCCUCUACGAUCCGGCGGGUGAGAAAUGAAGCUGCCCUCGUCGGUGGCUCCUGGAACAAAGACCGUGUGGAUCUUUUCAAGACCAGGCCUGAUCGAGGUCUAUCAGCUUCAUACCCAGUACACCGUAGUUUCGAUCUCGCCAGUGGCUGUAUUGGCCCGGAAACAGAUAUUCCUUAUUUUGGAAUUUUCCAGACUGCACAAAUAAGUCUCGCCAGAAUAAACGAGUUCCUUCAGCAGACGUACGAGCAAGAUUGGGGUGUCGAGGAUGAUGAGGAUGACGAGGAGUCCGAAGGUGGCAAGCGCGUUCGACCUGCUGUCGCAUUCAUUACUUCCUUCGAUACUCCACCCUUUCACUCCGGCAAGGCAGGCGACCAACUUAGCAAUGCACCACAAGUACCUCCAGGUUCGAUCGGACUAUCAGCAAUAGACUGCAACACUAUCGCCAAAAGUCGUUUUGCGAAAAGAGGGUCCGAAAUCAACUACAACAUGUUUGUUGUGCUUGAUGAGUACAGUCAGAGCGAGGACACUGUUGUCAUUGCAGCAAACAACGAACAGGAUGGACAACUAUUACUCGGCCGAGCCAGUUUCAACGCGGCUUUGCUUACUCUGGUAUCACCUUCGGAUACAUCUUUGACCAUUGACUGUCAAUGUAACAAUGCAGUAGUUGAAGGCAACGGGGUAAUUUGUAUGGAAUGAUUAUUUGGAGCUCGUCGUAAUUGCACAGACUUGACAUAACGUAAUCUAUCACCGAGCGGGCCAAAUCACCGAACGGGCCAUUUUGUCUUGGCAUUACAACUGAGGUGACUACAACCGUUGUUUAUUCAACCAC